GUGAGAGCCGCGCGGUGGCGACCGCACUCUCAAGUUCGGCAGCGCGCAGCGAGUUGCAUCGAAACGCGAGCGAGAAGGUGUCCAUAUGUAUUUCGUCCGGUGCGUCGCCGUCGGCCAUUGUCUCUGACAUGGAAGCCUAUCAAAAUGGCAGAAGUCGUGCAGAUGUUUUUGUUCCUAUAUAAAUCGAAGUAUCGUCGGAAAGGGCAGUGCCGUGAGGUGGUACGAGAUCAGUGCGGUGUAAUUGCGGUGCCGUGGCCAAUACUGUGGGCGGCGCUGAUUUGUUGGGUGGUGCACGUAACUGCGGCUGCCUCCUCCUCCUCAUCGUCGCUGACGACGGAUACGACCUGCGACACGGACAGUUGCGUCAACGGAGACUGUGUCAAUGGCACUUGCGUGUGCCACGAGGGUUGGCAGGGUUCGGCGUGUCAAUUUUGCGGUGGAAAAGUCAAACUGACGGAGCCGACGGGAAACAUCCACGACGGUAUCGGGAAUUACACGGCGGACGUAAAGUGUUCCUGGCUAAUCGAGAGCAGCCCAAACUCCACGAUACGGAUGCACGUAGAGCAAUUCGCAACGGAAUGCGGUUGGGAUCAUAUGUACAUUUACGACGGUGACAGCGUCGAAGCGCCGUUGCUUGCCGUCUUCUCUGGAUUGAUGCACAAAGAUGGCUACCACAUACGUCGUGUUCCGGAAGUGAUCGCGCGUUCCGGAAGCGCGCUCCUUCACUUCUACUCGGAUGUCGCUUAUAACAUGAGCGGUUUCAAUAUUAGCUAUAAGAUCAAUGCCUGUCCCAGCAGGUAUUCGCACAUCGACUGUUCUGGACACGGGGUUUGCAUUGAUGGUGUAUGUACAUGUGAUGCUACAUGGACUGGUGAAGCCUGUGAGAUUCAAGUUUGCCCAAACAACUGUUCCCAUAGUCAUGGACAGGGCGAAUGUAAUCGGGAGAGUCAUCAUUGUGAUUGUGUGCAUGGCUUCAAGGGCUCUGAUUGCAGCCAAAGAAGCGACCGUGGAUUCUGGGAGAGCGUAUUCUAUACUGACUUCUCACCUGAAGGCUCGGCUAGUCAUUGCUCUAUCGUUUGGAAAGAUUCUUUAUAUAUAGUUGGUGGUGAAAGCUUUCAUCGCGCCAAAAUGAUUUACGUGUACGAUUUCAAUGGAAAUGUUUGGGAGACACCUCAUGUCGAAGGGAAGGUUCCUCAACCUCGAUACGCUCAUUCGUGUAUACUUUUCGGUGACAAAAUAUUUAUGUAUGGCGGUGUACUGCCGAAUUCUACGGUAACAAAUGAAAUCUGGGCAUUUGAUGUAUCGGCGAAAGUAUGGGAGAAUGUAACUGUACACGACAACAGCAACAAAACUAUGCGUGGUCCUUUAAAGGUAGCUGGACAUUCUGCAACCCUGGUAAAUCAUGGAAGAAAAGAAAAAAUGGUGGUAAUAUUCGGAUAUUCGCCUCAAUAUGGUUACUUGAAUGAAAUUCAAGAAUAUUAUUUGGGCACACGUGAAUGGCAAAUCGUAGACACAAUUGGAUUCCCUGUGAAAGGUGGUUACGGGCAUAGCUCCGCCUAUGAUGCAUUGACAAAUCUCAUUUAUGUAUAUGGAGGAUACGUAUCAGAAUCUCAGACCACACAGGUCUUAACUAGUCGAUUGUACUCUUACGAUCCUAAUUUUCGUCAAUGGACAUUGCUUACGGCUGCCCCAUCAGCUCGUUUCUUUCACACAGCUGUGUUCAUUUCUGGUGGUUUGAUGAUCGUCUUUGGCGGUAAUAUGCAUAACGAUACGCAACAUUCGGAUGGAACGAGAUGUUAUUCGGCUGAUACGAUCGCAUAUGAUGUCACUUGUGAUUCCUGGCAUCAAUUUCCUAUGCCCAAAGAGAUGACCGACCUGCCCAGGUAUGGACACAGUGCAACUGUGUUUGAAAAAUCAAUGUACAUCUAUGGGGGAUUCGAUGGACAAAUGUUGUCUGAUAUGACAAGGUAUACUCCAGGAAAUUGUGAGCACUUAACAAAUCAGAAUCAUUGUUUAAAUGCAAGGACAGGUGUGAAGUGCGUGUGGGACAAAAGAGAAAAUCGAUGUAUACAGAUCACCAAGAUAUCUCGACACGUGCUUCUUAACGAUGACAUGCAUGACGGAAUUUAUAUGAGAUGUCUGGACGAUACUCCGCCUCGCGGGAUGACAUCUCACAAGGAAUUAUGCAAGCUGCUUACGGAUUGUGUGGCUUGCGUACAAACAUCAUAUAAUUGCAUAUGGUGCGGUAAGAGUUGCUCGCACGAGAUUUGCCGAGACAACGCUAAUGCACCUCCGACCAAGGCUAUCAGCGAUCUAGAACAGUGUGAUGCUCACACAGCCAUUAAAUGUUUGCAGUUGCAUACGUGCCAUGCGUGUUCUAGUAAUCCACAUUGCAUCUGGUCUUGGUCAAAUGGACCUGAUCGAUGUAAACCAUAUUCGAAAGCUCGAGAACAAGUGACCAUUUUAAACGGAACUAUUCAAGCACAAAGAUUGUCCAUAGAUUCUUGUCGCAGUCCAUGCGUGGACUAUACUUCCUGUAAAAAUUGCACAGAAUCAGAUUGUAUUUGGUGUCAAAAUGAGAAAAGAUGUGUGGACAAGAAUGCAUAUCCUGCAAGCUUCCCUUAUGGACAAUGUCGUGAAUGGACAACGGUUGAUUCAAAAUGCCAUCCCACGGAAACGGGAAAGGAAUGGUGCACGUUUUAUUCAUCUUGUUCAGCGUGUCGAUCUGAUCCUGGAUGUGGAUGGUGUGAUGACGGUUCUGGGACAGGAAAAGGAUUAUGUUUGCCAGGUGGAGCUCGUGGUCCAAGCACUAAAAGCUUGGACACUUGCUCAAUCGAACGAUGGUAUUUUACAAAAUGUCCUACUUGUCAAUGCAAUGGUCACAGCAAGUGUCUUUCGAAUAGCAGCAUAUGCAUUCAACCAUGUGGAAAUUUGACUUAUGGACCUCAUUGCGAUAAAUGUAUUCCUGGUUACUAUGGAAAUCCAUUAAAUGGAGCCACUUGUCAACCAUGUUUUUGUAAUAAUCAAGGCACUCAAUGUACUAGUGAAACGGGUAAAUGUUUCUGUACAACGAAAGGCAUUAUUGGAGAUCAUUGUGAACGAUGUGACGUGUCUAGUCUUUAUCAUGGAGAUCCUACUAAUAAAGGAUCUUGUUUUUACGAUUUGGCUAUUGAUUAUCAAUUUACAUUCAAUUUAAGUAAAAAAGAGGACCGUCAAUACAGAGCGAUUAAUUUCAAGAAUUCUCCGCCAAAACCUGAUAUUGAUGCAGAGUUUUCCAUUACCUGUUCCGUUCUGGCUAAAAUGAACAUCACGGUGAAAAGAGCAAACACACCGGAAAUGCCAGUCAUUCUUGGCGCAAAUUGCACGACCAGCAUGUAUAAACAUCGUUUUAUUAAAGAUGGUUAUGGUUUUGGUAGUGAGAACAAUAAUACAUUGACCACAUUCUAUGUAUAUGUGUACGACUUCCAACCGCCGGUGUGGAUUCAAAUUUCUUUUUCACAAUAUUCCAAACUCAACUUGCAGCAAUUCUUUAUAACAUUUUGCACAGAUUACAUGCCUAGGUGCUUCCUCGCUCUACUAUUGGUGGCUGCUGUUCUUUGGAAAAUCAAGCAAAAAUAUGAUAUGUACAGAAGAAGACAGAGAUUGUUUGUAGAAAUGGAACAAAUGGCCAGUAGAGCAUUUAGCCAAGUUUUGGUAGAAAUCGAGAGGCGGGACAUCGAUAAUUCUGAUUCGGAGCGAAGUGAAUCCGAAUUAGUAAAUUGCCGCAAAAAGAAAAAGGAUGCCCCUAGUCCGAUCGCAUUGGAGCCCUGUUGCGGUAACAGAGCAGCGGUCCUGUCGUUGCUAGUCAGACUGCCUACUGGUGGUGAACCGUACACUCCGGCUGGUCAGAGCGCCGGUUUAGCCGUAGCAUCUGCGUUAGUUACACUGGGUAGCCCGCGGAGGCCAUCUCAGGAAUUGACGACGAAAGAGCCGACAAAAACACGAAAGUCUGCCAGCCAACAUCCAGAUUCCACUUGCAUUUAGCGAUAAGGGCGUGAAAAUAGAGACACCUUAAACAUAAACUACGCCGUGGGUGACUAUGAGCCUUAGAUAUAUUUCUGUGAUCUUGCCUUAGCGAAUGGGCAGGACUGUUCAACAGUUAAAACUCUUCGAACUCUGAUCGAGUGAAGUGUGUAAUACAUUAUUAUUACAAUUUUUUUUUUUUUUUCGUUUUCGUUUUCGUUCGUUCCGCGAUAAAUAUUCGUUUCGUUUCGUAAAAUCAAUUGGUGAAACUGUAAUAACAAAUUCGACUUCCCGAGGAACAUAUUUCCGAAGAGAAUUGCAUCCCAUCAUAUUCAAAGGGUCAGCUAAGUGAUUUGAAUGUACAUGUUGGAUUUUCGAUGCGAAAUGGGGAUCAGCCAUUUUUCGUUCAACCAAUUUUUGGUAAGUACACGAAUUAUUUGCGUGUAGCGAUAACACGCUUGGCUGAUUUGAGAUUUUUUUUAUCAUUUUAUUUCUUUCGUCUCUACGUGACAAUGUACAGUUGUAUAUAGAUCUGUUAUACGAUUUAUUUCUUUCGUUUAGUCAUUGCGAUCGAACGGAAUCGAGUUCGUUCUGCAAUUAUCAAAGUGUCUUUGAAAAGGGCUAUAAAAAAAA